ACUCCAGGUCCCUGUGCUCACAUCAGUCAGUGUGUGUUGAAGUGUGAGUGCAGGGGCUGCAGUGAGGGGCUGCAGAGAGGGACUGCAGGCUGGAAGCCCGGCUCUCAGGAUGCUGCUGCUGCUCCAGCUGUUGCAGCUGUUGCAGCUGUUAUGGAUGGCUGUGCUCAACUUUACACAUCUUUCUUUCUUUCCUCAUCGCGCUCCUGAACUUGGAAAUACUUAUUAAUGGAUGUUUUUUUUUUGUUUUGAGUUUGUAUUCGUGUUAGUGUGAAAGCGUCAUGUGUGUUGCAGUGUGCUGGGGAUAGACAAUGCGCUCUUCAGGAUGGGAGCGAAUAACGGCAAACAGUGCGGAAGCGAAGGUAAAGGAAGCUCCAGCAUUUCCUCCGACGUGAGCUCCAGCACCGAUCAUACACCCACCAAAGCUCCCAGGAAUGUAACUGCCAGUGAAGACUCAGACCUGAGCAUGAGGACACACAGCACCCCGAGUCCUGCUCUCAUCCUGAACUUGAGUCCUUCUCAUCUUUCUCCUCAAACUCUCCCCAAUGGCCAUGAGUCUCCAUCCUCAUCCCCAUCUCCAUCUCCAUCCCCUACCAUUCCUAGAGAAACUGUCGCUAUAGUCCAUGCUCCUCCAGGAAGCUGCAAAAAGGCCUCCAAAUCUCACUCGACAGCACUUGUCGAAUUUCUUCCAGACCCCGUCUUGUUGCAGAUCUUUUCUCACCUGUCUACUCCGCAACUGUGUCGCUGUGCCCGAGUGUGCCGCCGCUGGUACAGCUUGGCCUGGGACCCACGUCUCUGGAGAACCAUCCAACUGAGCGGAGAGUUACUCCAUGCCGACAGAGCCCUGAAGGUCCUCACUCAGCGCCUGUGCCAGGACACCCCCAAUGUCUGUCUUACCCUGGAGAUGGUGGUGGCGAGCGGAUGUCUGAGGCUGUCUGAUCGCGGCCUGCGUGUGCUAGCUCAGUGCUGUCCUGAGUUACGGCACCUCGAGGUGGCAGGCUGUUAUAACAUUUCUAAUGAGGCAGUAUUUGAUGUCGUGUCCCGCUGUCCUAACCUUGAGCACCUGGAUGUCUCAGGCUGCCCUAAAGUGACAUGUAUAAAUCUGACCCAGGAGAGUUCACUGCCCCUCUCUACACUCCACGGACAGCAGAUCGGCCUGCGCUAUCUGGACAUGACAGACUGCUCAUCUCUGGAGGAUGAAGGUCUGCGUGCCAUCGCUGUUCACUGCCCACUGCUCACCCAUCUCUAUCUGCGCCGCUGCACCCGGCUGACGGAUGAAGCCUUACGCCAGCUGACUCUUCACUGCCCUGCUCUGCGCCAGCUCAGUCUGAGUGAUUGUCAUUUACUGGGCGACUUUGGCUUGCGUGAGGUGGCCCGCAUGGAGGGACAGCUCCGUCAUCUGAGCGUGGCGCACUGCAGCCGCGUCACUGACGUAGGCCUGCGCUAUGUGGCACGCUACUGUCCACGUCUGCGCUACCUGAAUGCUCGGGGCUGUGAAGGUAUCACGGAUCAGGGCCUGAGCCAUCUUGCUCACGGCUGCCCCAAGCUGCGGGCGCUGGACGUGGGCCGAUGCCCGUUGGUGUCAGACAUGGGACUUGAGGUGUUGGCACGUUGUUGCGCUGGGCUCAGAAGGCUCAGUCUAAAAGGAUGUGAGAGUGUAACUGGCAGAGGGUUGAAGGCGUUAGCUACAGGAUGUCCUGAACUGCAGAUGCUUAAUGUACAGGAGUGUGAAGUGCCCGCAGAGGUGCUGCGGCUGAUACGACGCCACCGCAGACGCUGUGUGAUUGAACACACCAACCCGGCUUUUUACUGAGCACAUGGGGGUCUUCUGACAAGCGGUUUAUUUACCGCAGCUUUACGGUUGGUUGCUGUUGAGAGUGUGUUAGGCUAAAGAUGACAAGGUGUGCAAUAUGUCUGUAAAAAUAGUUACCUUGCCACUACAUGAUGUGUGUAAUAAUAUUUAUCAGAUAAAAAGGUUACUGGUAUUCUAUCUAAUGUCUGUUAUGUCUGUCUGGUUUUGAAAGACGAUAUGUCUCCAAAAGCUUUAAAUGAAAUUGUAAAUCUGGAACAUGCUGGGUCUGUGGCAUUACCACUGUCCAAAGGUACUUUGCUUUAUUUUAAUCUAAAACAUCUGUGUUUUAAAUUUUUUUUUAAACUAUGUCCAUACUUCUUUUAUGGUGUUUGUAUAAUACUGUUUUAUGUGGAUAUUUGCACUUUAAAAAUCAUAUAUGACAAUAGCUAGCAUUGCAUUAAAAACAAACAUGUUUUUAUUGUAUUUUGCUGAAGGGCCCAUACACUACAAUGCUGAAGUAAAAAACAAUUGUAACUCA